CAGAAUCCAGAGUGCGUUUUGGAACAGUCGAAAUCAAAGAUAAACAUCGCAAGUUACUAGGGAGCAAGCAAUUUAAAAAAAACAGAAUUCAUUGCUCAGGCGAGGCUGGCCGGUGAAAUCAGUACGCUACUGCAGUCUGUAAAUAUCUGUUCGCCUCUGUGCUUGUAAGAAUUUCACCAGCAGCUCUGAGCAACUCAACCAAAGAAAAUCGGCCUUUUCAACGAGGUUCAUUCCUGUAAAUUCCAGAUCCGGUUUUCCUCCUCGCCCAAACUUCGAGUUGGAGGAAAGUGAAAAAAAAGUCUCCCCAGACCUCCGUGAGCCAAUCACAGGGGAUUCAGCACGUGCAUUGGAGAAUCGAGAGGAAAGCAAUUACAGCCCAAUACAAAUGACAUUAGUACCUCGAUCAGAUCAAGAGCGAUCGCUGUACAUGUGGGAGAAUCGCAGCCUGCGGCAGCCCAGAAACCAGGCUCGAACCAUGACAACCCAGUACAAGGAGGAGAUCUGCGAGAGACCCGAGUGCAAAAGUAAAUCCCCAACUUUGCUUUCUUCUUACUGCAUUGACAGUAUUCUGGGCAGGAGAAGCCCGUGUAAGAUUAGGUGUAUUGGAGCUCAGGCAUUGCCGCUUCUCACAGCCAGAAAUGACCCGGACCCAGCGAGUGAAGGAUCACCCAAGGAAAAUAUGUCGUUUGACACAGAGCUCCAUCUCCCUCCUAAAUUCCGAAGAUUGUACGGCCACGGAGGGAAGAUCCUGGACUCCCGAGGAUUUAAUGACAUUGGGAACGAGAAAUUAGAAAGAGAGCCGUCCUCUGAAGCUUUCCGGGGCGCCGAUCUGAAGAUCAGCCAGGCUCCGCAAGUCAGCAUAAGCCGCAGUAAAUCCUACAAGGAAAACUUCAGCUUGGCCAAAGCGCAGGGUGAGAGUGUAUCCAAACUGCCAGGAUCCCCGGGUUUAGAACUGGCGGAGCCGGCCGACAAAUCGGUAGAGGGGGACGCGAAAGAGGACGCGGUUGAAAAUGACUUGUCCCCGAAGCUGGUGGAGGAGGUUCAGACGGAUGUGGAUGUGAAGGAUAGCGAGGACAGCUUGUGUUUAUCAGCCGGCAGUGACUCUGAGGAAGGCAUGUUAAAAAGAAAACAGCGGCGGUAUAGGACUACAUUCACCAGCUAUCAGCUGGAAGAACUAGAGCGGGCUUUUCAGAAAACACACUACCCAGAUGUCUUUACCAGGGAGGAACUGGCGAUGCGGCUCGACUUAACGGAAGCUCGGGUGCAAGUUUGGUUUCAGAACCGCAGAGCCAAAUGGCGAAAGCGAGAAAAGGCUGGAGCCCAGAACCAUCCCGGAGGCUUGCCGUUCCCAAGCCCGUUAGGAGCGGGCCAUCCGCUGGGACCUUACCUGGAUGGCGGUCCCUUCGGACACCACCCAAGCCUCGAGUCCGCCUGGUCAGCCGCCGCCGCAGCAGCAGCCGCAGCCGCCGCCUUCCCCGGGCUCCCGCCUCCACCGGGCUCGGCGGCUCUCUCGCCGAGCGGAGCUCCGCUCGGCCUCGGCACCUUCCUGGGAGCGGCCAUGUUCAGGCAUCCUUUCAUCACCCCACAUUUCGGCAGGCUCUUCUCGACAGUAGGCCCGCUGACAGGAGCCUCUGCCCCUGCUCUGCUGAGACAGUCGGCCGCGGGUGUUGAAGGGGGAGUACAAGCCGGCGCCCUCUCAGACCCCGCGGUAGCGGCCGCAGACAGACGAGCGUCCAGUAUCGCAGCGCUCAGACUCAAAGCUAAGGAGCAUGCCGCCCAACUCACACAACUCAACAUCCUCCCUGCACCUUCUACUGGCAAAGAAGUGUGCUGAACUCGCAGCAAGGAGCUCCACACAGGCUGUUUGUUGAACAAGACCAAAUUCAGAAACUGGACCACUCGUUCGCGUGGAUUGAGUUACCAGACUGUGCAUGUUCGUAGAGUCAAUAUCUCUUUCAUCUUAUCAACUGGCCACAUUUAAAAUCAAAACACUGACAUUCUCCUCAUAAUAUAGAUUUGUGAUGUUCCUAUCAUUCGUAUAUCUCUGAAAGAGGGAGAAGGAAGUUGUGGAGUCUUAUUAGCAGUAUGCCUGAUCCGAUCACUCAAACUUGCUUUAAUACUGUAGGAGCGGAUCUAAUCAGGUCAAAUUUGCAAAAAGAGAGAAAUGUAUUCCGAACACGUGCAUGUAGAAUUGACAGUUGCUAGAUUUCCUGAUUCCAAUCUUGUUGGGGCCGUUAUAAAAGAACGCUGUUUCUCACUGAGACGAGUUUGACUUUCUGCGGCGGACCCGUUCUAUCACACGUGCAGAAACGCGUUGGUUACGCCUGGAUUUUUUUAAAAACUAUAUACGUCAGUGUAGCCAACCAGCGGUUUGCUUCUAAACCAAAGGGACACAAAACUACUGCCAAUCCGAGUGGACUGCUUAUGUCACUAAACUGUGAUUGAUUUCUGUACAUAAUGGUCGCUCUUCAGAAUUUCCAAGGAAAAUAAUUGUACAUUUUUUUUUAAAAAAACGAAAAAAUGCACUCAGUGUGUUGUGAAAGUUUAUUCUCUAGAAUUACCGAGCAGAUCUUAUUACAGUGUUGUUGGAUGCAUUAGGUUCGUAGAAUAAUUAUUUAUGGACAAACAUUUUAUUUAACUUAUUAACUAUAGAGGUUUCGAAAACCUUAUAAAAACAAGUGGCUAUAUUACGUGUACUGUUGUAAUUUCUUGCUAUGGGCUAGAAGAGUGGAGACACUCUGAAAUAAAAUGUUAUGCCUAACAAGCUAAUUGAAGAAAACGCUUAUUCUAAA